ACUGCCUCUGGAAUGGGUCGUUCCUUGAGCCGCCGCGCGCCGCGACGUAGACUUGAUCCUCAAUAACAACUCAACGCGGAGUUUGCCCUGUCGUGUCGCAGACCUUUUUUGAAGUGUCGUCAGACUUUCGGUGCUUUUUCCAGCCCGCCACUGUGACUUGCGCGUCGUUCUAAGUGUUUUCUUGGUGAUUUUUCGUACUUUCGUCGGAACAGUUUGGAUAUUGUGCCCGAAACCCUCUUGAAAGUAGGAGCGAAACACCGCCUGCGAUCCCGCAACUCGGCGUGUUCCACAUUUCCUGGCAGUCGCAGCGCGACGUCCCAAGCGCGACUAGGAGUGUUCGUAUUCCGUCGGAAAAUAUAUUUUCCAAAAUCAGAAGCGCCAACUGUUGCCCUCGGAGUGCAGCUCGAUGGGCGGUCGUUCAGGAUGCUACGUGAAUAUAUGUGCGUUUGGAAACAACCGAGUUUGAUGUGUUUGGAGUUCCUCCAUUUCGGCGGAUGUGCAGUGAAAUGUGACAGUGUAUUUAUCGUGUAAAAUGCACAAUACCCUCUCAAAAUGAAGAAAAAAUUAGUGAUUUUGUUUAGUGAAAAUUGUCGGUCCGUGCGAUGGCUCACCUCCAUUUGUCUCCUUUUUAUCUUGCUGCCAAGGAUAUACUCCUUCCAAGACGCUACUAUGCACGUAAAGCCCGACGAAGAAAAUGGACUCCGGAAGAAUAGUUCAACACUUAGUCACUCGAUAUUAGGCUCGCCGGCCAUGGAAUCAGGACUACUGAUCGGCCAACAAGAGCGCACAAUAAGUUUUAAUGACCCAUCUGUUGAGAACAUUCAGAAUACAAGGUAUGUACCUGAGGCGUUACCAUUGGAAGACUUAGAAUUAGGAGGCGAUUACAAUACUGCAAUAGUGAAAGAAGGACUUGAAAGAGAGGGUCCAAACGACGUCGACGAGGAGAGGUUCCAAGACUUGGACGCAAGAGAAAAGAGAGAAGCGAAGGAAGUCAUCGGCGAGCAAACGAAUAACAACAUCGAAAUAGAACCAACCAAAGUUGAGAGGAGAACGAACAGGAUAAGGUUUCCGAACGAGGACGAGGAGCAGGAUAACGGAGAGCCGGUAGCCGACGAAAAUCGGAAAAUCUAUUUGAGUCAGAUCAGGCCGACGAAACCAAUGCACGACUUCGGGGACGUCCGGUCGGAGAUGAGCAAGUCGAUCCUCUUCGACGGCGAUGAGCUAGCGUCGAAUUCGGGGGAAGCGAAGGGGGCUUCGUCGUUGACCAGAACCAGAUCGUCGAGCAACUUGACGAAGCCCAAUUUUGCACGCUCCUUGACCAAUGCCAGCGACCCCAACCCGAAAGCGAGCCCCGAUCGGAGCUCUGAGGGCCUCGCCUCCGGGGAGGAGGGCAGCUCAAUGACACCCAGAAAUUCGGACGACCGGAAAACCGGCGGCUCGGACAUCCAAGACAUCAUCACCGGAUUCGUCAAGUUACUCAACGGGAAUUCGCAACUCCCCAUACCGAGCGGCCCCAGUCCGUCGGGCUCCGGCUCCGGGCGACCGCUCCAGCCCUCCAGGACCCGCAUCAACAACCGCGGUCCCCCGAGGAUCACCGACGUGCCCCCCAUUCUAUUCGACCCCCCAUUGCCACCGCCACCCUCCCUCAAACCCCCCGCCUCCAUCAGCACCAAAAUACCACCUCCGUACCCAUUCGACAUCCCGGAACCUUUGAAACCCCUCUCUUCGACUCCCAACUCUGUCGGACGGCCUCAACAGACGUCGCCCAUCUCCGCAUCGUCCGGAGAGAUCAUCCAGCCAACCAAGUCCAACAUCGAGGACAACUCGAGCGUUUUCGGGAGCAGGCCUGCUUUCGAGUACAACAACCCAUCUAACAACGCCCUCAACCCGAGUCAAAACCAAUCGCACGCGAAACCGUUGUACAGUGCGAAUCGGAAACCCCAGCUGGGCCCCGAGUCGAAACCUAAACCCAGCGCCGAGUCCAGCGAAGAGUCGCAGGAGGACAAACCAACGCACAACCGGAAACCGAUCGGAUCCCAUUCAAACGCGGCCGAGAACAACGUCGAGAAGAAACAAAGCUCCCGUCCGAAUCUGAAGAAUCCCGAGCUCGCCUUCGAUAAAAGUUCAGCAGAGCACUCGAGACCGACCGAAAGAAUCCAAACGGUUGAAAAUAACUCCAUCACGAAGAACCAAGAGAUGCCUUUCAUCCACCCCUCGAAAAUCACAUCCAUGACGAACCCCCUGCCAACGAUCAUCGAGGAAAAACUCGUCGAGGGUAGUUUCAGCAACCGAAACAACACUUAUAGUGUGAAUAACAAAAGCAACCCCACUGCGACAGCCAAUAAGGAGACCCACAGCAGUGCUUCCAGUCAAAGCAAAGCUCAAACGCCGGCUGAUAAGAGCGAGUUUGCCGACGUGAAGCCUUCGACCCACCGACCCUCAUUACCUCCGCCAAGUUACCAAUCUUUCAUAGAACGUGUUAAUAUUUCCAAGAGCUCUUCCAACUCCUCGCACCCGAAGCCGGGCCCGGGGGCGUUCGUGGCGAAGACCUCCGAGGAGAGGGAGAAGAUCGUGCCCAGCCCGACCAAGACGGUGCAACUCGGCUCGUCGACUGUGUCUCCGGAGAUCGAUGCCGGACUCGGGCUCAACUUCGCCACCGGGAUCGGGGCGGCCGUCGCAGUGCUCGAGCCCUCCAUCCAAGACAUUCCGUUCCAGGAUACCCAUCAACCCACCAAAUGGCCGCAGAAGAACCUCGAUCAAGCCACCGCUGUCAAACGCCCUCCUGUCACCGAUACCAGUUUUCCGUACCUACCACGCCCAGGGAUCGUAUUAGAUGACCCAGAAUACAAACCCGGUGGUCAACAACGACCCAUCAUCACUGCACCUCCAACUCGACAUCAGUCCGUCAAAGGGGAUAUCUUCGACGUUACCGUCUCUGCCAUCCAGGGUCCCUCUGGUCAAAGUGGCGGAGGUGGCUCGCAUCCUGGACAGUCCUUCGUUUAUCCAGUUGAGGUUGACAGAGUUCAGUUAGCGAACCAUGGGAAUGGAGCAGGCGAAGUCUCGGUGAUCACAACAGCAGUUGGAGGCCAGCAUUUCGUCUCCAUCGAUGGCAAGAGGACUUACAUGAACCUAUUUGGCGAGCCAACCAACUCAAAUUCAGCUCCCAGUAUUAAUCCUACCAGAUCCUCUCUCUAUGGGAGUGGUAGUUAUCAGACAAGCCAGUUACCCUCGAAGCCCUCGAAAUCGACGCCGUGGCGACGGCCGACUCAUCCGACGGUGCGAAUCGACACGUGCAUCGUCGGCGACGACUCCACAUGCGACGCCGUCCAGCAUGAAAGAUGCCGCACGGAGAUGGGUGUCUCGUCCUGCCACUGCAGGCCUGGCUACAGCCGUCGGAAACACCGGGAACCCUGCCAUCGCAUUGUAUCAGUGGUGAUGUCAAUGCGAGUGGACCGCAUGCAUGAACAGCGGGUAACUUGGAAUGACAAGUUCAAAGACAUUGACUCUCAAGAGUAUCAACAGCUUGAGUACGAGGCUAUAAGAGCGAUGGACUCUGCUAUGUCUAUGACGCCUUUCUCUGAUGUCUUCCUCGGAUCUCGAGUGAACAAUAUGUACACUCAAAGGAGUGGGAGUGGUGCUGCAUCUGGAGGCAGUCUAGCUAAUCCAGGCCCAGUUUAUGUGAAUUUGACGCUGCAGCUGGCUGAAAGUGCAGAAACACUCCGACCUGCUGUCAAGCAUGAAAUUCAGAAACACUUAACAGGAGUUAUCCAUAGACGAAGUAACAAUAUUGGCAGCUCAGCUCUCUGGGUCGAUACGCCUCCAGGCUCCAUCUCUCAAAUUCAUGAUUUAGAUGAGUGCAGCAGUCAAGAUUUGCACGACUGCCACUCAGUAGCAAAGUGUACCAAUGUCUUUGGGUCUUUUCAAUGCACGUGUCCUGAGGGCUAUAGGGAUCCUUGGCAAGGGAACCACAUGAAAGCUGGUAGGACCUGUGAAACUUGUGAUCCAGCACACUGCAACCACCGAGGAGAGUGUAGUUAUCAAAAUGCGCAACCAGUUUGCAAGUGUACAGGGAGCUAUUAUGGAAAUCAGUGUGAAAUAGAUGGAGAAGUUUUGGGUGUUGCUGUUGGUGCAUCAGUAGCAGCAGUACUCAUAAUUGUAUUGACUUUAAUUUGUUUAUGUGCCUGGAGUCGACGGUGGAACAAGGAGCAAAAGAUAGGCUCUCCAGUAUUUGGAUACAUGCCUACAGGGGGAAGUACAGUCAAAACUCCAGUAGUUGGAGCCCCUCCUUACCAAGUGUCAAUUGAGGAUAGACUAAGAUGGGCACAAAUUGCUGAUGCCAUGGCCCAUGCAAAUCAUUAUGGGCCUGAGCCAGUGGGAGGGCCAACUAGACCGUCAUCUGCAAUGUUUGGCUACACACUACCCCAUGGAACGCAUGUGCCAAUACCGAGGUUAAGACCAGGAAGUGUGCAUACAAUGAGGACCCCUGAGUCCAGCACCAGUGAAGAAGAAGAUCGGGCAGAUCUCCUUGGACGGAAUUUUCAAGUUCCUCGUCCCAAAAGCCGAUCCUCGGUGGCGAAUCAGAGCGGAAUUUACUAUGAUGUAGAUUAUGAACAAGGAGAUUUAUUUAAUACUCAAAAGUCGCACCCUGGAAUGAUACCAUUGAGUACGUAUACAAUGGGUAGGUCACACUAUUUCAGAACAUGAUGAAAAAAUGGGUGCCAUAGAUGUCUAAAGAGUAAGUCAGUUUGUAACAUUCAGUUACUCAGUCAACUUCACUGUUAUUAGUUUGUCCCUCAUUGAAGUUUCAGGACCCGAAUUAUGUUUUUUUUUUGUUCUAUAUUUAUUUCUCUUUUCUCCUUGUUUUCUCUUUCGCAUUUCCUUGUUAUAGACUUAAAAUUUCAUUGUUCAGAGUAUUUGCCAAUUUUUGAUAAACACAAUAUUUAAAAAGGGAGGAAAAAAACCGGUCCACGAGAGGCUCAUGAAAGAAAGAGAGCCUCCGGUCCACGAGAUGCUCGUGAAAGAAAGAGAGCCUCCUCUCUUUGUUCAUUUAGUAUUAUUUGUUUUGCAAUCAUUAUCAUUUAUUGUCCAAAGAAGUUUUUAAUAUAUUAUAACUGUUGAUGUUUUAUAUGAAAAUUUGAUGUCCUACAUAUUUGUUUUCUCUGAUUGGAUUUUCAUUCAUAAGUACUCAUGAUAAUGGAGGCUCAUAGCCCAUUUAAGUACCUAUAUAAAAAGCAAUAAGUGAAUGGUUACAUCAUAAUGGCGGCAUAUCUAAAAAUUUGCUUGGGGCUAAAAAGAAAAAUUAUAAUCAAAAUUAAUUAUGAUUUUUCAGAAUCUCGGUGCUGUCUCUUGCGAUAAUGUCAGUAGAAUUGUUGUAUCUCCGUCUUCUGUUUGUAUUGAGAAAGGCAUAUAAGCAGGGACUUUGUACAGUUUCUUGUCCUCCUUCUUUUCUCUUAAAUUUUAAGAUUUACUUCGAUAUUGGACAAAAAAAGAAAAUUUGUGUAAAAAAAUGGCGUUUUUUGCUGCUGAAAUGUGAGUAUAUAUAUAAUAUUUUCAAUGCUCAUCACGGCUGCAAAACAUAAAUUUUCAGGAGGUCUAAUGAACUCCUAACACUAAUGGAUACCGGAAACAACAUAUAACUUAGUAAGUUAUGAAAGGACUUUAAUCUAGAGGUAUAAUACUCGCAUGGUUAUCAAGUGAUAUCCAGGUGAUGCUUCUUCACAAAUCCAUUGUAAUAUUGUUUUAUUCUUUGUUUUUAUUUUUAUCUGUUCUUUAAUAUUUCUUUUAUGCUCUGCUCCAAAGAGUAUCUAAAUUAUUUCCCCUACUCUAUCUUUAUCUUUGAAAGUGCUCAACUAAUGUAAUAUAUUUACCUAUCUGACUUCCAAAGAUGUAUAAAACAGACCUAUACUAUCUUAAAGUAAGGAUUUUACGCUUGCAAAGCAAGGGAAAAUGGUAUUAUUUUUCCUCCUGCAACAAAAGUGCGUUGUGAGGGAUUAAGGAUUGUUUGCCUGAUUGAUAACUUAAUUUUUGUUUCCUUUUUCAAAUGAUACAUUUUCAAAUGUAGAUUGAAUCUAACUUUAUUUUAGCUUCUUUAGAGAAUUUCUUGAAAUUCACAAAGGACCUAAGGCCCUGUUUAGACAGUCAAACUAUGGAGUAACUUGUUUGACAAACUAGUUUAACUUGUUUAUUAAAAAUCGCAGGACUUACGUCCAUCUAUUAGAAAGACCAUUCAACCAGUUUUGACUGAUUCCCCUGUUCUAUGUAUUAUCAACGUCAGAGUUUGCGUCAAAUUUAGAAGUUGCUGAUAUCAACAUUGAUUGCAUUUUUUUCUGGUUUGUGGAUUCAUUUUCAUUCACUCAAAAUAAAAAAAAUUAAAGAAUUUAGGCAAAAAGUUAAGGAUUUAGCAGGAUUCUUCUACUUUGGAGGAUUCUAUUAACUGCUCUUCUUAAAAAUAAUCUACCAUACUUCAGCUUUAAUUAGGUGAAAGAAAAAAAAACUGAAAAAUCUCAGGUCAAUAAUGUCAAACUUUGAGGGGAAGGUCAAAGUGACUUCUCAUAUCCAAAAUAAGGGACAAAUUAAAUGAAACAUGGCUUCUCAAUGGCGACAACAGAUUUCCUUGUAGAGGAAAGGAAUCUUUCACUUACCUCAAAUAAAAUUAAAUUUGAUGUAAAUGAAAGUUAAAAAAACCACUAAAAAUGAGGCAAGAAAACGUGUAAAAUUCUUGUUUCAUGAUUUAUGGGUUGUUUUAUUGUAAAUUAUGCCAUUCAGAACUGAGAUAGUCAAAUUAUUAAAUUCAACUGCUGAUGUUGAUGCUAGUGAUUCUAGUAUGUAUAUCUUAGGUUAAUUUAAUUUUAGUCGUGCAUUUAGCUGUAUCAGUUAUUCGAUUAGUGUUACUUCAAAGUCCAAAAGUCUCUAUUUAUCUGUGAUGUUCAUAACCAGAGUUACAUUUUUUGCUUCGAGAAGUGUAUUAGGUACGCCAAUGAAAUACCUAAUUUUUACAAAAUAAGUUGUUCCUUAAAACCAAAGGGUCUUCUAUAACACCCUGUUUAUCAAAUGUUAUAAUGAAGUUGGUUGAGGAAAAUAUGAUUUCAAAACCCCAAAAAAUUGCAAGAUCAAUCUAUUCAAAUCAUAAAAAUUUGAGCUCAGGUGAAGCUAAACAAGUUCACUGCCACAGCGGUGACUGUUUUUUCGUUGAUCUCUCCAGGCUUUUCACAAUGACUGGCAUUUUUAACAGCAUGUUUUCAUCUCAUUGCCGUGCAGUAGAGAUGCUGUCUGCAAGUCCUCUAAGGAAGUAAGUGUAGAGUGGUUAUGUACGUAACUAAUAGAAAGCACUAGCAUCGCGGCAGUCAGUGGAAUACAAGCUAAAAAGGGCUAAAAUCUUGCUGUUCUUUGUGUGUUUUUAUAGCCUGAAGAACAGUGAAGCAAAAAAUUGUUGGCAGUGAACAUAUUUAACUGAGAAAAAAAAUUGAAGCUACUUAUUAAGGUACUGCUUUCAAGUAGGAGCAUAUUUAAAAGUCAGUGUUUCAGUGAUUUUUCAUGAACAAGGACAAAAAUUUAUUUGGUUGAGAAACUUCCUACCAAAAUCUUUAGCCAUUAUUUAUGUGAAAAUAGAAAAA